AUGGGAGCACAGAUUUCUAAUAGUUUAAACCCAGGCCCAUAUUGUUUUAGAGUUCAUGGGCAAAUUUAUCACCGAACAUCUCAUUUAUAUCCUUCCACUGGGAUGCCUCCUAAAUUUGCACAACUAUAUGUCCUUGAGACCACCCAGGCUGUUAAUGGCAGGUUACACAUGAAAGAAAAUUCUGGUUGCAAUGAGGAUCUCUUAAAAAGAUUAGAUAUUUUAAUAAGACAGAAUAACCCAUUUUCUAUUAGUUUUAAAACCUUGGGAGAAAUUGAGAAAGAAGAAAAAAAUAGGGCUAUUCAAGAAAAUCGUCCAGUUCAAAAAAUCAAUAUGAUUUUUUGUGCAGAUCGCUCAAGUGACAAGCGAAGAUAUAACAUUCCUAAUAUAGAUGAAGUAGCUAUGAUUUUUACAAAUGAUGAUGGUGAACCCCCAUUUAAACGGGAUAUCAAGGUCUAUCCUCGAGUUGAUGGUAGUGAUCUGAUAAAUAUAAAUAUAUUAAGCCCUAAUUUUGAUCCAAUGGUAUAUCCUCUAUUAUUUCCUUUUGGUGACCCUGGUUGGAAACCAGAUUUAAAGGGUGAAGAUACAGGGCGUACAAGGACAAAUAUCUUACUACUACAGUUGAGGCGAAUAUUAAAUUUUAUUAGACAAAAUCAGCCAAAAUUACGAGUAGAUGAAUAUUCUGGAUUAAUGGACUACUUGGAAACAAAGUCAAACAAUAUAAUUCCCGGCAAAGCAGUAAUAUUACCAUCAUCUUUUCAAGGUUCUCAAAGAAAUAUACGAGAACGCUAUCACGAUGCAAUGGCCAUUGUGCUCAAAUUUGGCAAACCUGAUUUGUUUAUUACUUUUACAUGCAAUCCUAAUUGGCGUGAAAUUAAGGAAAAUCUAUUUCCCGGGCAAAGUCCUACAGAUAGACCAGAUUUAAUAGCCCGUGUUUUUAAAUUGAAAUUAAAUGAAUUAUUCAAAAUUGAAACAUCUCAAGCUAUAGAUAAAUUUGUUUGUGCCGAAAUGCCAGAUAAAAUUCUCGAUCCUAAACCUUUUCAGAUUGUUACCCAUUUUAUGAUACAUGGUCCUUGCGGGAUAUUUAACCCCAAAUCGCCUUGCAUGGAAAAUGGCAUAUGUACCAAAAAAUUUCCGAAGAAUUUUCAAAUGGAAACAAGACCAAAUAUUGAUGGGUAUCCAUAUUAUAAAAGGCGAGAUAAUGGUAUUACAAUUCUUUCCGGUAAACCUACGGAUAAUCGUUAUGGCUAUGACUGUACUAAUGUUGACAUUAAUGUUGCUUCAAAUAUAAAUAUUCAUGACGAAAUUAAAUCACAUUUAAAUGCGCGAUAUGUGAGUGCAAUAAUCUCCAUGACCGCUCGCACGCUGUUAUUCGCUUAG